AUGUGUUGCAUUAUUAAAUUUUUAUUGACAUUCUUGGUAUGUGAAGAAGUGCUGUACUGUUUUACUGCAGUGUUCGCAAACACUGUUUUUGUUAAAAUAUUUAAUUUGUUGGAGUCUUACGCGAAAAAAAUGAAUUAUUUAUUCUUGAACAGUGUGCGUGAUACUUUCUGGAAAACUGUUUUGUGUGGUUUUGUUCAGCAGCAUUUUUGUUGCUGCAAACUACUAGCAUCUACUAUUUCACUCAAAUAUUUCCUUAUCUAUUACAUAUACAUUAAAUCAUCUUUUAUGUCGAACCCAGGCAUAUUUUUGUCUGGAAAGAAAAUAAGGAAACACCAAUUGCAUUUCACAAAUAUGUUUCUCUCUUUUCUCUUAUUUUUACUAUCUUAUGACACUCUUGUGGAAGAAUCGAUGUCAAAGAUGUAUUUGGCAGCCGAGAAUAAUUGGAGACAUUUCACUUCCAUCCCUUCUUGGGGCACCUUCUGAUAGCCACGUACGAGGAGUUUCCCAAAUG